CAUCAUCAUAGUUAAUCAUCUGUUAAUCACUGUGUGUACUGUGUGUAAUUAGCAUUCCUUUUUCUUUUCUUUUUUAAAUUAAGUAUGGAGUUAACAUCUGCUCUUGCAUGGCUAACAACAUGUUUGCUUCUAACCCUAACUUCUUCUACCGAUCCUCAAAGCUUAAUUAGCCGACGCAAUCUUCUCGGAAAUGGCCUUGGUUCCACUCCUCCGAUGGGAUGGAGUAGUUGGAAUUAUUUCAACUGUAAGAUUGAUGAAGCAACAAUCAAACAAACAGCUGAUGCUCUCGUCUCGACCGGUCUUGCUAAGCUCGGAUAUAAGUAUGUCAACAUCGAUGAUUGCUGGGCCGAAAGUUCUCGAGAUGACAAGGGUGCUCUAGUGCCUAAGAGAACCACAUUUCCUUCCGGUAUUAAAGUUUUGGCUGACUAUGUUCAUAGCAAGGGACUUAAAUUGGGAAUAUACUCUGAUGCUGGUUUUUACACCUGUAGCAAAGAACAGCCCGGUUCACUCGGGCACGAGGAACAAGACGCCCAAACCUUUGCUUCUUGGGGGAUUGAUUUUUUGAAGUACGACAACUGUAACAAUGAUGGAUCGAGGCCAACACUUCGAUACCCUGUGAUGACGAGAGCUUUGAUGAAAACCAAGCGGCCAAUCUUCUUCAAUCUAUGUGAAUGGGGAGAUAUGCACCCGGCCUUGUGGGGUUAUACGGUUGGAAAUAGCUGGAGAACCACAAACGAUAUUUCCGAUACAUGGGAAAGCAUGGUCUCAAGAGCAGAUCAGAAUGAGGUUUAUGCAGAUUUUGCUAGGCCUGGUGGAUGGAAUGAUCCUGAUAUGCUUGAGGUUGGAAAUGGAGGGAUGACCAAAAACGAAUACAUCGUUCACUUCAGUAUUUGGGCUAUUUCAAAGUCUCCACUCGUAAUCGGCUGCGAUGUGAGAAAUAUAAGUAAAGAAACAAUGGAAAUUAUAGCUAACAAGGAGGUGAUCGCCGUUAACCAAGACAAGCUAGGUGUUCAGGCUAAAAAGGUCAGGAUGGAAGGUGAUUGGGAGGUGUGGGCAGGGCCACUUACGCACGACAGAAUAGCGGUAUUGCUCCUGAACCGUGGAGCGUGGCUCACCUCAAUUACCGCUCACUGGGAAGAUAUAGGCAUCGCUCCGGCGACUACUUUUAAAGCAAGAGAUCUUUGGAAGCACAAGACCCUGAAGCCAAGAUUUACUGGGAAUUUGACAGACUCUGUUGAAGCACAUGCAUGCAAGAUGUUUAUACUGUCACCAGUUUAUUGAUGCCAUGCAUGAAAGUUUAUAUGUAUGCUGUAAUAACUGAUUAAUGAUCUCGAUUUUCUAAUGAAACGACGCUGCUUUGAUAUA